GCAUGUUCGACAUUAUUAAUUAAUUUAUGUAAAAUAAAAAUAUAGUUAUUAGGUAGGGAACACCGGUUUUAAAAGAGUUUAGUUUUAAAUACAAAGAACUUUUCCAAUUAUUUUUUAAUUCAAAUUGUCACAUAGACAUUCUUAAGUGCAUUUAGUUUAAAAAAGAUCAGUGAAUAAAUUUAACUCUGUUUAACCAUUAUAAACUAAAAAGAAAAUGAAUACGGCUUUUAGAUUCAGCUUACAAACAUUUAAAGGGAACGCGUUAAAAGGUUUUAUAAAACAUGCAUCAACGUCUACUGAGAAUCCUAAAACUGCCAUCGUAAUGAUGAAUAUGGGUGGCCCACAGAAAACUGAUCAAGUUCAUGACUAUUUGCAUAGAAUCAUGACCGACAGAGAUAUGAUUCAAUUGCCAGUUCAAGGUACGUUAGGUCCAUGGAUUGCAAAACGACGUACACCUGAAGUUCAAAAAAAGUAUAACGAAAUUGGUGGUGGCUCACCAAUAUUAAAAUGGACUGAAAAACAAGGCGAAUUGUUAUGUAAACAAUUAGACAAAACAUCUCCUAGCACAGCACCUCAUAAGGCAUAUGUUGCAUUUCGUUAUGUAGAUCCUUUAACAGAGGAUACAAUCAAACAAGUUGAAAAAGAUGGAGCUUCAAGAGUUGUUUUCUUUUCACAAUACCCGCAAUAUAGUUGUGCGACUUCUGGUUCUAGUUUUAAUGAAAUUUAUCGCGUUUACACAACAAGACCGGUUCCUAGUCGUAUUACAUUUAGUGUAAUUGACCGAUGGCCAACGCAUCCAUUAUUAGCAAAAACAGUAGCUGAGAGGAUACGUGCUGAGUUAAAAGAAAUUCCAGAAGAAAAAAGAAAGGAAACAGUUAUUUUAUUUUCAGCUCAUUCUCUUCCGUUAAAGGCUGUGGUCCGUGGUGAUGCAUAUCCUUAUGAAGUGGGAAGUACAGUUCAACUUGUUAUGGAAGAAUUAGGUUUUUCUAACCCAUAUUGUUUAGUAUGGCAAUCAAAAGUUGGGCCAUUACCUUGGCUAGGGCCAUUCACUGAUGAUGCUAUUAAAGAUUACGUAAAACAAGGCAGAAAGAAUUUUAUUUUAGUUCCAAUUGCAUUUGUAAAUGAGCAUAUUGAAACUUUACAUGAAAUGGAUAUUGAAUACUGUCAUGAUUUGGGAAAAGAGCUUGGAGUGGAAAAUAUUCGUCGAGCAGCUGCCCCAAAUGAUCAUCCUAUAUUUAUUGAUGCAUUAACAGAUAUCGUAACUCAACAUUUAAAUGGGGCAACUGCAAUAAAUCCUAAAUUUUUAACACGAUGUCCACAUUGCACCAACGAUAAUUGUAAGAAAACUAAAUCUUGGUUUGGAAAAUUAUGCAAACCAUUAGCAAUAUAGAAAAAAAAAUUAAGCAAGAAACUUAAAGCAUAUACUAAGAUGGAUUUGGAAAUGGAUUUGGUG